GUGUGUUAUUAAUUCAUCAUCAUCAAACUCGCAGUCACAUACUUCAAACAAACAUCUUGUAGAACCAAAACUCAACUAAUCCAACAGAAUUACUACUUUUAUUAACAAUGGCUUCACAGCAAGCGAGAAGAGAGAAUGUUACUGAUGAGCGCAAAAUCGAAGUUGAGAAAGCUAGAGUUCCCAAAAUGGCUAGCCAUUUUGAGUCUCUAGCUGACCAAGUUCAGGGCGCAACUGAUGUUCAUCCUGGUGCUGUUCAUGUCAAGAGUACUGUUACUACUGUUCCUGAUCAGGGCACACAUCAAACGAAAUCCCGUCAUCAUGAUCAAAAAUCUCAACCAAUACAACAAGCUCAAAGGGAGAAACAACAAUCUUCUGAUGUUGUUACUCAGGGGAGAAAACAACAGGGAUUUGAAGAAAAACCUGGAGGUGUCAAGUUUGAUGUUCAUGGACAAGAACACAAAAAUUUAGACACAACCAGAGGAACCCAAAUGCAAAAACAAGGAGUUGGUGCAGGUGGCCAACAUGAGAGAACUACAGAAGCACAAGCAAGAGGCCAAGGUGAAAACGUAGCACAUCAUGAAGGUGGUGGUACUAAAGGUCCAUCUUUGGACGAAAUUUCUCAAUACAGGCAAACAGCACAGCAAAAUUCAAUGGACACCAUAAGAGCAGCUGAAGAGCGUUAUGAAAAAGCCAAAGAAAAGGGUGCUUCAACAUUGCAAAAUGUUAAAGAAUCAGCAACUCAUGGACUUGGUGCUGCAACAGAAAAGGGUGCACAAGCUAAAGACACUCUCACUCAUAGCCUUCAAAAGGCUAAAGACACUGCACUUGAGAAAGGUCAACAAGCUUAUGAAGCAACCAAAGAUAACCUUUCAGGUGCUGGACAAACAGCAGCCCAAUCAGCACAACAAGCUAAAGAUUACACUAUGCAAAAGACAGGGGAAGCAAAAGAUUAUGCUGCACCAAAAACAGGGGAGGUUCAAGAACAGGGCAAGGGUGCAGCAAGUUAUGUAGGGGAAAAAGCUGCUCAAGUAAAAGAUGCUACAGUUGAAACUGGGAAAGGUGCAGUGGGAUAUGCAGGGAAAGUAGCUGGAGCAGUUAAGGAUACAGCAGUAGUGGCUGGUUUAGGAGCUGCACAUUUAACUGCAAAAGCAGCAGCAGAGGCCACAAAAGCUACGGCUAGUGCUGUUUCUACUGUUGCAGGGUAUGCGGGAGAGAAAACAGUGGCCGCGAAGGAUUUAGUUGCUGAUGCUGGGAAGAAAACAGCGGGAUAUGCAGGGGACAAGUUGGCAGCAGCAAAGGAUUAUGUUGUUUCAGCUGAAGAAAGUGCAGCAGAGUAUGCAGCUAGGAAAAAGGCUGAAGCAGAGAGAGAAAUAGAGGCUAGAAAAUCACAAGACACGACCAAGGUAAAUACACGGGAGAAAGCAGAGGAGGAGAUGUCAGCGGAGAAACACGAGAAUCAAAGGUGGAAGGAAAAGAGAGUGGAUUCCAACCAAAGAAAGUGGAAGAAACCUUCCAGGAAGAAACAGGAGGAGGAAAGGAAAGCAAGCAGCCGGAGGAAGGAGCGGCGGUGGUGCUGCAUGCCAUUGGCGAAACUAUAAUGGAGAUUGGCAAAACAACCACUGAUCUUGUUGCUGGUCCCCGCGGGUCUCAAACUGGAGAUGAACCUGCAGUAGUGACCAAGAAAGAGUCCACCACAAUAAAGAAAGCUUGAGAUGAACAUAUUCUGAGCCACUUCACUUUGUUUUUUGGAAAUAUUAGAAUUUUGAAGUUGGUUUGUUUAUUUUGGAAGGGUGGUUUGCAGGAUGUGAGAUUGUCUAAUAAUUAGCGUAAAUAGCGUAAAUCGCAAAGACUUGGCUUUCUAUGUAUGUUCGCGUCGAUAAUAUGUUUUUGAAACUUC